AUGACGAUUGAAAAACCGAGGUUAAAUUUCAUCGAUAAAAAAAAUACAAUUAAUGAAGAAAUCGGUGAAAUUUUCCACUCUACUCAUUCCACUUUUUCAAAUUCUUUUCGUUCUACAUCACCUCGCAAAAAUUUUUUUCGUUCUACAUCGCCUCGCAAAAAUUCUUUUUCAUUUUUCGAUUCAUCCUCUGUUGCAUCGACUGCUUUACCUAAUUGCGAUGCUUUGAUUAGAAGAAAAAGUAAUACACCUUUUUUUCUAUUUCCUCAGAUCCUUCGUCGUUCAUUUCACACAUAUAGUGCUUCAAAUUUUCAAUCAUCAAAAAGAACAUUUAAAUCUCAUUCGUCCGAACCCAUUGAAUAUCAAGAAGACUCUCUCUCUUCACAUUCAUUAUUAAAUAUUUUUGAUAAUCGUUUCAAAACUACGACGAGAAGAGAAACUUUAAUAUUUAAUCAUGGUGCUUCUGGUAUACCAAAACAUACUGAUAAAUUUGUUUCGACUAUAUGUGAUGGGAAGUGGUAUAGUGUUGAAUGUGGUGAAGAUAGUUUCUUUAGACGUCAUGAUUCUUUGGGUGUAGCUGAUGGUGUUGGUGGUUGGCGUAACGUUGCACCAUCACCUAAUGCUGUUGUUAAUUCUGCUCUUUAUGCUCGAAAAUUGAUGCAUUAUGCGUGUGCAGAGCUUGAAAAAUAUGAUGAUGAAAAAUUUUAUCACUAUAAUGAUGUGAAUCCUGUAGAUAUUUUGCAAUCAAGUUAUGAACAAAGCAUGCGUGAUUGCGCUUUAGAAGGAAUAAUUGGUUCAUCAACAGCUUUAAUAGCUAUUAUACGAAAUGAUGAACUUCGUAUUGCAAACCUUGGGGAUUGCGGUAUUUGUAUUAUUCGCCAUAAUAGUUUCAUCUUUAGAAAUGAGGAACAACAACAUUCGUUUAACUACCCAUUCCAAUUGGGUAGUGCUUCGAGUGAUACCCCUACUAAAGAUUCACAAACAUUUACAGUUAAAAUUCAAUGUGGUGAUAUUGUGGUUAUGGGUUCAGAUGGUAUAUUUGAUAAUUUAUUGGAUGAAGAUAUAUUGGAUGAAAUUAUCCCAUUCUGUUGUCCAAAACUGGGUUUGCAGGUUGAACCUCAAAUAAUUAGUGAUGCACUCGUUUGGCGUGCUAAAACUGCAAGUGAAGACCUCAAUAUUACAAGCCCAUUUCAAAUUAGGGCAUCAUGUGAGGGUUUAUAUCAUCAAGGUGGGAAAAAAGAUGACAUUAGCUGUUUGGUUGGAGUUGUGACUCCAAAAAAAUAA